CUGCCUCAGCAGAAACAUUCUUGCUACAAUUCUAGGCAGACACAGGAACGAUGAGGACUGCGUUGUAGGCACAACGUGCUGCCGCCUGAUUAGAUGAUGAUGAUGGUGACCACGGCGGUGUUGGUGGCGAUAAUGAUCAUUAGCUGUAGGAUCCAUUCUUGCUCCCAGCCUGGUUAGAUAGGAUUUCGGUGACGAGGACGAUGACGACGUGGCAGACACAGAAGCCAGACCGGAGGUAGGCGGGGCCUAGCCCCCACCCUUCCCGGGCCCCUCCCUCCACGCUCCUCCCUUCUCUCUCCAUCCCUCCCACCGAGGCAAAGAGGCGGGGCCAGCGACUCCAAGACUAGGAAACCGAAAGGAGGCAGAAGCUGAGUCCCGCCCCGCGGGGUGAAAUCGGCUACCGUGACAUCACUUCCUAUGUCAACCUCGUUUCCCUGGCAACGGCUGGAUUGAAUCAACAUUCUUAAUACUGGCCAUUGUGUAACUUAAACAAGAAAAGAAAUUAACAACUUUAUUUAACCUAUUUACAAAAUCACCAUGUCUGAUGAUUUGUAUAGCACUAUUUUGGCCUAUACCAAAAGUCCAAAAAUCACCAAAAGAACUACUUUCCAGGAUGAAUUACAGAAAGCAGUUUCAGCUCGUACAGCUCGACAACAAAGUGAGGAUUAUUCAGAUGAUUUUGACAGUGAUGAUGUUGGUUCUUUGGGAGGUUUUUCUGACACAUCAGUAGAUGAAAAGUCAGCUACUAAAAAUCUUACUAAUGAUUUUUAUGUGUCAGAUGAUGAAGAAAAGAGUUCUCCAAAAGUGUCAUUUUUGAAAACAAAGACAACAAAUAGCAGCGUAACAAAAGAUUUGCUUACAUUCCCCACGAAAACAGAAAAAGAAGCAAGACCAGAUACUUUAGAUGAAUUUGGAAUGAUUUUAUCGAAGUUUCAUGGAAGAGAUCAGGAAAUUGAACAAGAAGAAACAAGAACAAGAUCUACACCUAGAUUAGUCAAAUUUGUAUCAUCAGAAAACAUCAGCAAUCUUGAAAAAGAUACUAAUGCUAAACCUUUACCACGGCUAAGAGGCAUCUUAAGAAAGAGUAACCAUGUGGGUGAUAAAGACGUACUAGAAGAGGAGGAUGUUUCUGCUUUUUCCAAAACACAAUUCUCACAUUCUGCACCUUCAUCUCUGAUGAGGCUGGGUGGCAAAAUGUUAGAAAUUGAGCAAAGAACUCUCUCUGAAAGUCCAAAUUCUGAGGGUCCGUGGUUAACAAGCCCACGAACAUCAUUAUCAAUUCCUCACCAGCUACCAGAAACUGAAAAUCUUGGAGACUACCUUUUCCCUUCAUCUGCAGAAAGAUCUUCUAAAAACGAUCCAGAAGAAACAAUAGAUGAAAAUCAUAAUGUUAUGAAAUCAGAAGACAGUGAUGAUACAUUUUCCCCUUCAGAAGAACUAAUGGUGAGUACAUUGGAGAAAGCAGCAGAAAAUCAAGAAACCAUCGAUGAGCUUGAAGAAAAUAUGAAGAAAUUACAAUUGUUUGUGGAUGAGGAUAGAAAAUCUUCCAGUUCAAAUACAUCCCUUAAGAACCAGAUCAAGACUUCAAGAACCACCUCUUCCAAGAAGAAAAAAAAUGAAGAUAAGAAUUUGAAGAAGAGAACAUCUAAAAGAGCAAAAUCAAGCAGGAAAAAAUCUCUGCCUACAACUGCAUCUUCCCAGUACCUGGGGACUUUAAAGAUCUUGGACCAGAAACCUUCACAGAAACAGAGCCUAGAGCUUGACAAAGCUGAUUCCUUACGGGCAGCUGUUUAUCAGGAUUGGCUUAUAAAGAAAAAUUUGUGUUUUCAAGAACUUCAAAGGAUUAAAAAGAAUGAAGCUGAAAAUUUAAAGAUACAAAAUGAACAGAAAGGAGCCAAGAGAGAAGCAUCAUCAGCAUCCUUUGAAGCCUGGAAAGCCAUGAAAGAAAAGGAAGCAAAGAAAGUAGCUGCAAAAAAGAAAAUUGAGGAGAAAAAAAUGAGGAAAAUUGAAGAAGAGAAUGCUGAAAAGAAAGGAGAAGCACAAAGAGCUUUUGAAAAGUGGAAAGAGAAAAAGUUGGAAUAUCUUAAAGAGAAAAACAAAAAGGAAAGAGAAUAUGAAAGAGCAAAGAAAAAGAAAGAGGAAGAAUAUUAUGCUGAAAAGAUAAAAGACAAUUUAUCAGCAGUUGAAAGAUGGCAUGAGCAGAAGGACUACCUCAUCAGACAGAAGAUGAAAGAGAAAAUAAAUGAAAGAAGGAGGCAAGAAAUAAGGAGAAUUGAAAAAGAAGAUAAAGACAAAUUGGCUGUUAGUGAAUAUGAAAGAUGGCUGGAUAGCAGGAAAAUGCCAUGCUCAUAUGCUCAUAUAAGUAAACCAAAGAGCUUUAUGAUAGCAAAGCAGGACUAUCCGAUCACCACAAGGAAUUACGAAAAGGAGAAGAAAGAAAGAAAACAAAAACAUGAGAGAAAACAAAAGAAACAUCAUGUUCUUUAUUCAUCUGAAUCAUUUCCUCGAUGGAGUUCUCCAAGAAAACUUGCACCAUCAAAACAUUAUUGAGAAUUCUUCCAAUCCUGCCCAAUCCUUAUUUAACAGUAACCAGUUUAAAAGGGGUUUCUGAACAUACUUUUGUAUAUUUUAUUUUAGAAUAGGAAUUCUAUUUAUAUUGCAAUUCCAGAAGACUGCUGUAAUACAAAAAGUAGUUUGGAGUUAAAUGAUGAAAGCACUGUACAGGGUAUAGUUAAGCAGGUUGCAUCAAAAGCCAAGAAGUAGAUUUCCAUUUAGACAAAAAAAAAAAAAAAAAAAUCUAUCAUGUCCUUAAAAUUCUUCACGGUUUAGACGACUUUAGUUUCUGAUUUCUUUAUGAAACAGAAUCUUUUUUUUUUCUUUUGCAAACCCUCAAGGUACUAUUAUCAUUGAGGCACUAUUUAAAUAUGUGAAUUGAUAGUACUUUCAGGUCUAUUUUUUCAUAUUUAUUUAUUAGAAAAUAUAUGUAACAUUUUCUUUAUUUUAAAGCUAUUGUAUUUGCACUGAAGAAUUUUGAAACUAUGCCAAGUUAAUUUUUGGUGAGUGAAGAUUGCUCUAUCAAAUUAAUAAUUCUCAAAUCUUCUCUUUUAAAAAAAAAUCAUCGUGCUAUUUCCCCUCAUUGUCCCCAAACAAACUUGCAGUUUUUAAAAAUAAGUGCACUUUUAACACCUUUGUUCUAGGUUCAAGUGACAAUCACAAAUAAUUUUUUUUAAAACCCCUCUUAUUCCUUCCAAACUCUUUCUUGUUUUAUAAUUAUCCCAGAGAAACUAAGUUCUCUAACUAUAGUGUUAUCUUUAUUUGUCAAGAAAAUUCCAUAGAAGUUCAAAGAUCGUGCCAUUAAUAAUAUUUUUCAAGAAGGCAGUAAAUUUGACACUGGCAAUUCUUGUGCCAUCUUGCCUGGUCCUCCUUGUGACUAAGGGCAAGCAUUUCUUUUCCUGCAUACAAUCACAACCCUUUGGAUUCAUUAGCAUCUUAAAAUUGGUAAAGGGGUCUCCUUUUCUAUGCAUUCAAAAUUACAGUGUUGCUUUAGUCCCGAAUGGAAUACAUAGAAAAUAAUAGGAAAAUUGUAAAAUCUAGCAAGAUUUUGGUAUUAAAACAGCUUUCUAAAAAGUAGUUGGACUCUCACAGCCAAAGAGCUAGUCUAACUGUCCAAAGAAAUUCAUACUGUGAAGAAAUUGGUGGUUUUUAAAAUGAUGGUACACCCAUCCAAUGUAGUUAUCACUUGUUGAAUGAAAUUAGGAUUUCAUAAUAUCGAUUUUAUAUUCAAACUUUUACACAACUGUGACAAUAUUACAGACUAGUAGUUGCUCUUGGGCUAGAUUUUCCAGUAACACUGCAAGUUAAAAACAUUAUUCAUCCUUCAUACUGUCAUCUAGGAGUUUAGACUAUGCACUGAUGAUUUUGAUCAUUACAUAAGAUGUGUGAAAUAUUUGCAAAGUCAGUAGCACUGUUUUGGGAAUUAACAAUAUGUUUUAAGGAAAAGUGUGUUAUCUGUGAUAUCAUCUGAAGGAUAUCACUGAAUUCUGAAAAAGAUCAAGUUAACCAGAAGCUAGCAUAUUUGAGAGAGAAACAUAAAUACUAUGGUGCCAGUUGUGACAAAGAUUCAGUUUCAAUGUUAGCAGUAUGUUCUAUUUGGGACUAUAUAGCUUUCUUUUUGUCUGUGAGAUUUCCUGGUUGUAAUAAAAUAUAGUAGGCUUAAUAUUAAAGAUUUAUUUAAAUCUUCCUCAGAAUUUUGUGAACUCCCCUAUACUUAAUAUUAAAUUUGUAUUUUUUUUUCAG